AAUUUUAAUCUAUUUACAAACAGUAAUUAAUUUCCACAAUUCACAGUUUAUUCAGCUUUAAUAACACAUUCUUUAAUCUCUACACCCAGGAUAGCGUAAGUUGCAGUACUUAACAAGCUUUUAACUGAACCAAUCUCGCCUUCCAGCUUUCGUUACCCUUGUCCAGUGUAAUGAAAAACUAUUUUCUUGAUAGCACCUCUAACUAGAGAUUCUGACUACAAGGCGACUAAUUUUUAAUGGGGUGCCUGAGGUUUGUCCACUUCUUCAACAAUGAUCCUGCUGACCUGAACUUUUUUAGGAAAAGGGAGCUGGUUGUCGCUCCCUUUAUCACAAUCACGAACAUGAAACUCAACUUUCACUUUACCAUUGGCGAUACUACCACAGUAACCCUCUAUGUUAGCAGGUCGAAUGCUCAGUUCCUUAGGAGUAUGAUCCAAGGCACCAUCAACUGCAGCUGGGUCUUUGCACUCCUCACCAUUGAAAGUAAAGAAAAAUCUUUUGCAGCAAUGGGUGCAGCCAAUAUUCCCUACGUACACAACCCGAAGGAAGGAAUCCUUUUUUUCUUUCACGAAGUCGCAGACCUAAUGGCAUAAUGGAAAUUAAGCAGGAAUCAGUCCUUACUUUCUAUAACUAUUUCUAUCUAAAGGAAAAAUGAGUAAUUUUGCUAAAAAUGGCCGUUCAGGAGGAUCUUCAGCAUUUUAGUCGGAGUACUAAUGACGCUUUCCAUUUGUCAGAACCGGACCAGUCAUUUUGACAAUGAAAUCGGAUUUUUCCCGGAAAACCACCUCCUUCCUGCACUAUUUCUGGCUAGAUAUUUUUAAUUAAUAGUGAAAUUCCCAUUACAUCGGAAAGGGUCUGGCCGGCCAGUUCAGACAAAUGGAAAGCGCCCUUGGUUACUUUAUAAUUUCAACCAAUUUUUAUUUUUGGACCGAGAUGGGCAAAAUUUCAUACAUAAAAAGUAGAUCACUCACUGAAAUGAGCAUAAGAAUGGCUAAAAAUGGGUUUUGCAAGAAAGAAGGCAUAUUUUCUGACUAAUCUCACGUAAUUAAACAGCUUUUUAUGUUUUUCACAUGCGCAAAAGCGAAAACUUAGAUUUUUUGCGAAUCUCUUUCGAUCUUUCUCCUCGCUCUCUUAUUUUCCUUUGCCUUUCUUCUUUAUCAGCGAUUUUGUUGCCUUCUUUAUCGUCUUUCUUUUGCAUGGAAUUGUGGCUAGCUAACUUUUUAAGAAAGGGAUAUAUUUAAUUUUCAACGAGUAGUAUGUAAACAGCGAAAUUGGCAGUGGAUUUUCCCCAAAAUGUUACCUCUUUUUGUGAUUGUGACUCGGUCAGGAUAGGUCAGAAGCUAAAACGAGGUAUCGCUGGAAAGAUCUAUCUUUGCUGACGUUGUUGCGUACCAAUUUAUUAACUUAAACCGAAAGCUAAAUGGGUCUAUGAAGGAAGAUAUGCAUCGGUCCACAUGGAACAAAAACGACCAAAGCAGUCAUCGGAGGGUUAAACUGACUCUCAGAACGAAUUUCGUGUGGACAUUUUUCGUUCUGUGACACUGAGUAGCAGCGGAUAGACGCCCCAUGGUAUCAGGGUUUUUUUUUUAGCUUUAAAACUUUCUAAUUAUCGUCGUUUUUAUUAUCCCAAAGGCAGGAAAACUAGCUGAUGUUUGCGUAUUCCAGCUACCCUCUACACGAAAUAGGUCCUUAUCAAAUCAAUAAAAUAAAUUCUUUAUUAUAAUAUGGGGCUUUCCGGGGAUAAUGAAACAUAGAACACAACACAGUUAAGAAACCCAACUAGUAGCAGGCGAUCGAACCAGUUCGCUAUUUCACUAGCGUGGCCGAGGAUUCGACCUCUAGACUACAGUAAACAAAUCCAGCUAGCGGUCAGAGCGGGACUUGAACUUAAGGCCUCCGGAUUGCAAGACUAGCACUCUACCCGGCGGUCAUCCUUCCUCUAAAAUACUGCUUCUUGCAAAAAAGAGUUACUGUUGCUCUUACUUUAAUUGUUCCAACGUCUUUUUUAACGCACUGCUUCCAUCGUCGUUUAUUUCCUGAAGAUCCAGGGAUGCCAGGAGGACCCCGCGGACCAGGGAAACCACGAGGACCGGGAUGUCCUUUAUGUCCUGGCGGUCCACGGUGGCCAGGGGGACCACGAUGACAAAACCACCGUCUCUGUGUAAAAUAUAAUGUUAAAUAUGAGAUAUUUCCAACAGAUCUCAAUUAUGUUAAUUCAUUAUUCAUUCAAAAUAACUCACCGUCUCUGAUUGGCUUUAGUUUAAAUUUGACUUUUAAUUGGUGCAACGAGCAGGUCACGUUUUAUAAAAAAAGGCCUGAUCAUGUUACCGUUUCUGAUGAAAUAAGUUAAAUUUGCACUACACUAUACACUGAAGAGCUGAAAAAUCAGUAAUCAUCACUUUUCACGACUGCAAAAUGAAUUUUCCAAUCGACCCCGAUAACCCCAGCCUUUUCUUUCUCGAAAUGUUUUUCGUUUCCCUUCAGAGUUCGAGUUACAGGGGUUCGUCUGUAUAACAACGGCUGGUAAGAAUGUGAGUCAGAUGACGAAGGAUUGGCUGGAGGAUUGCUGUAGUGUUGACCACUGACCAGUGUUAGUUUUAUUGCUUUUACAAAAAGAAGAGCUAAUGGAUGCAUGAUACACGAGUGGAGGUACAACCACCAGAAUUCGAGUUAUCAGGGUGAUUUUCAGUGAAUUUUUGAUCAAGGGAAAGGACAUUUAGUUCAGUCGAGUUAGCGGGGAAUUCGAGUUAUCCGAGUUCGAGUUAACCGAGUGAAAACGACUGAAAAAUGGGGUGUAAUCCAAGGGAAAUUGGACUUACUUCAAGUUAGCGGAGAACUCGAGCGAGUUAUCCGAGUAGUCCAAAUUGUCGGGGUUCUAUUGUAUAUGGUGAUAUUAAAAGCAUUUGAUUUAUUACAGAGCCGUGAUAUUUAAUUUCUGAUUGACAGUAACCGGCAAUAUGAUGAGUGAAAACUUAAGACUACUUUGAGGCGCUAUUGUUCACUUCUAUAAGGCGUUUGCAAAGUUAAAAAUUGACUUCUUUUCGUCAUUCCCGGGCUAUCACUUGAAGUCUUGUUUAGAAUAUAAACCUCAAGCAUUCUCCGCGCUUCCCCGUUAAUUACAUUUUUAAAACUUGAAGUGACCGUGGUACAAUCUUUGUACUAUCUUAAAAGCUCGUCACACUUGACUUUGCCCUUUGUUGGUGCCUUCAUGCAUUUAACGUCAGAUGUAGUUAAGAAUUAAAGUGACUGCCUACUUUUCUAAUACCAUUUUUUUGCUUGCAAUGUUUCUCACUAUCAAGAAUAUUACUUCCAUCCAACAUUUUCACUAACGCCUUUUAAGGGACACUCUACUUAAGAAAGGAAAAAAAAAUUUAUAUUUUUACCUCGGCUCUUUCCGCGUUGCUUACGCUAAUGACGGCCAAAAGUAGCAGUGGAAGGAAUACCAAAGACUGCUCCAUGUUGCUUUCGCACCAGUAAGGUCAGUGUCAAACACCAAGAUCUGAUAAAAGAAAGUCUUAUUGCAAUAAGCAGUACAUAAUCGGGGUCAACUUUAAUUUUUCCAAUUUUAAAUACUUAAAAGUACUUUUUCCGUUCUGAACAUGUUUACUAUACUACCCGAACUUAUACUAACAUGUCAUACCGGACCGGCCCUUGUAAAAAGGUCCGGUAAAAAGAGAGGAUAUGGGAAGCGAAUUCCUCUUCGUUCCAAGGACCUAAGGCCUAGUUUCUUUUUGACACCUUUAGGGUCCUCUUGUGAAAAGACGACCCUUUUCUAACUUAAGCUAAUUCAUGUCAAAUCAUUUGUCAAAUACAGGUACCUAAUAAGGCCAAUAUUUGUCCGAAAAAGCUGCUCCCAAGGAUUUUCAGCUAGCAGGAAUUCAUUGUUACAAAAUACGAAAGACGGUGGUCGCACAUGUAGGUUCGACUGUAUAAUAAGAAUACGAGAGGAAAGAGAUGUGUUGUCCACUUACCAAGAACUGGAUGCUGACGGAACGAAAAGAAAGGACUGCUAAUAAGAAUUUCGGAGGAAAAUGGAAAGCAAUGCGACUAAGGUAUGGUGAUAUAUUGAAUAAGCUCCUAAUGUCAUUGGUUAGCGAUGACUGAAUUGAAUCCGUAUCUCAUUCCGAUUACCAAAUUCCUGUUCGUUCAAUGAAAAGUUAAUAAUCAUAAGUUGGUAAGUUCUUGUGUUAGGCAAUGCGAUUGUGAAUACCUAAAAAGAAAUAUAAAACACGAAGUUUAUCCAUAAUUAACGGUAAAUAAAACUUUACUAUGGUGCCAUUAUGUUAGCUUUUAGUUCAAUUAUAUUUCAUGACAUCAGGAGUGAUCAUAUUCCGAAGAGCAAAUAGUUUUCACUAGGAAUGGUGUUUGUUUUGGUACGACUGAUUUAUCCAAAAUUAAGCAUCAAAAUUUAACUUCCCAACAAAACGAACUUUGAUGUUUUACUAUUUUGACAAUAGAUAUCUGGGUAAAAUAUCGAACUUGUGCUUAUACGAAGGAAUUCUUUUAUAGUGUUUACUUGUGGCAACCUUUUAAACUACUAUUUCCUCUGAUAUAUACCGAGACUGAAUUUUUUUCAGCCGAGCUGAUUUUGAACUGAUCUUCAAGGUAAUUAGCAACUAGGGUACUAAAACUGAUUUUAAUUUUACCCCAGUGAUGUUUUGUCAAGAAGGAAGGGGUGUCUCAUCUUAAAGGAAACGAUAAGUCCUCAGCUCGUCAAUUUGAGUUUCAGAUCAAAAUUCUUCACAGAAGAGAGGUCGAAUCGAUAGAUUGAAGAUAGACUGCAUGGCCGUGGCAUGGAAACGCUCAGAAGUUUCUCCAGCCUCAAAUCCCUGCGUCGACGCCAUGUGUGGGUUAAGUACGUUGUUAGUUCUCUUCCUUGCUCCGAGAGGUUUUUCCUCCGGGUAUUCCAGAUUUCUCCUUUCCUCAAAACCAACGCUUUCGAAUUCCAAUUCGAUCUGGAACGCACGCAUUCGUUUAAAAGAGUUCUUGAGAACUAUUUUGGGUAAACAAAUUGCAAAUUACGGUGAAAAUUUUAAGUGGAUUUUGGGGAUUCCUUGCGUUUUAUUUUUGAGUUAACUUUGGUCGUAACUAAGUGCUACCCGAUAGUUACAACUCAGGCGAGAAAUGAAACCACGACGUACCUGCAAAAUCUACGAAGCGGGCCGAAAAUGGUGGUAUUUGAGAUUUUCUUUCUGAAAAAUGAUCGCAGGUGAUCUCUUAACAAAGUUUAUCAGGUCCACUUUUGUUAUAUUAGCCCAGACUGACACUCAGACUUUAAUUCGCAUUAACGAACAGUCAGCUCACCGGAUAGGAAUUUUGAACUUGAUACAGCUUAUUUAAAAUCAUAUGAAGUCACAACUAAACAGUGGCUCACCCACAGGAAACGAACCUCCUUUUCAAUAUUAGGUUAUGUUUUGUUCUUCCUUCGUUCCAUUGUGUUUGAAUUUUUUAACCUUUGCGGCUUUAAGCACUUUCAUCUCUAACAACUGAAGCUCAUCUCGCUGCUAGGCUCCGUCAGUGCCCAGUUUUUGGUAAGUAACUUUGAUUUCGUAAAAUUUACAGUUUCAUUUCACCGUCCUAGUUGUUGGGACUAAAGAGCUUGGUUUGGACGACCAUUUUGUGAAAAUUGCUUUUUUGUGGUUGUUUAGUUCUCUCUCUUUUACGAGGGUCCUCUAUACUCCGGCUUUUGUGAAGGUGAUUGAGGCUAUGGUUUAAGUUUUUAUUUACUCGUGAUUGCUCAUGUCCCAAGAAAAUUUUUACGUGAGCGUGCACGUGAAAGGGGUUUUGGAAUUACGCUUAACACACGUGAUCGAUUAUUUGAUUUUAACGUGAUUCAAGAAAUACGCCGUUUUGUGUGAACUGAUUUUUUUGUAAUUUAGCUCGGCAAAUUUUUACGUUCUGCAAUUAUGGCUAAUAUUGAAUACUCUAAGUUACUAUUAAUUUUCUUUCGUGAUCUUUCUUUACUUGAUUUCCGUUGCAUAAGCAACGUUUUAGGCCGUGGUAGUGUAGCAACAGGGGCCAAGAUUUAGCGAUUUGUGUGAAGGAUUAGGAUUCCAAAUCUGUGUUUAGUUUAAACGUCUGCAAAUCCAAAUACCUUAAAUUUAAUCAAUCCGGGCACAUUUAAGAAGCCGAAGCAGGAUCGGAUGCAAAACUUUUUAAAUCCCGAUUUAGUUACAUUACACUUAUGAUGGUUUUUGUUUAACAAAUGAAUGCAUUUUUCUUUCGGCAGCACCAAACAUGGAAUUGUAUUUUCCAUUUAUUGCACUCCUUCUUGUGGUUACAUUCUGUAAAGGCAACAGUCCGGAAAAGGUACGAGAAAAACAGUCUUUAACUUGAGAGAUAACUGAAUAAUCAAGAAAAGUCAUGGACUGGAAGAUUGUCUUAAGGAAGAGUAUUGAUCUUUCAUGCGAACACUUUUAAAAAGAAUUCAAUUCAACUUAAUUCAUUCGAUCGCCAUAUAAUGUCAUAAAUAUACAAUUCUCACACCCAUAAUUUUUAUUUUGUCAUUAGAGAUCCCAGAACAUUUCUCUAUAUAUUUCCUUGGCGAACCCCCUUCAGUAAUCUCCCAUAAAGGGUACCGAAAUAGGUGUCCGCGUAAGGAUCGACCACUCACUUCGUUGCUCAUUUGCUCUCUCGCCAAAGAAACCAACAGAUUCGCCUCUUCUGAGAUGAAAUUGUACGUCAGAUUCUCAAAGUUCCUAUUUUGCCGUCUGAGCUUUUUUUAAUCGUUAUCCGAAAUUAAGACCUCCAAAAAGGCUCAUGUCGCAUUAAACAUUAAGGAAAUGUUUAUGGAAACCCGCAACGCCUUUUAGGUUACUUGAUUAAUAACCAACAGUGUCCAUUUCUCAACGGCCACGACCAAUAGGACUGAGUUUAUGACUGCAUGGGCUUGUAAUCGGCAGCUCCGUGAUGUGUAGCGGGUCCAGAAAAUAUCCAUUCCCCCCAUGGAGGGUUCGUUUGCUUUAGACCCCCAAGGCCCUUGGAAUAUCCGUUCCGGGGGGUGCUUGUCAGACUCCCUCUAUCCCCUGGAAUUCCCAUUAUUUUCCAACUGACUUCGUUAGGUAGCCCCUGGAAAGAAUACAUGUUUCUCCGUCAUCAAUGCUGUUGCACUAUAGAUGAGGAGAGAAAAAUCCUUUUAUUGAUGUUAACAGAUUGUCUAAUAAACUCAAUUUUCCCUUGUAAAAAAGAAAAAGAUAAUGAUAAUCAAUCACUUCCUUUCAGUUAAAGAGAUGUUAGAAGACGGCUUAGAAAGCGUCCACUUCACGAAUAAAAGAAGUAAUAGAUCGUAAUACAGCAACAGCCAGAUAACUGGGACGUUAUUCAUGAGCCGAUGACAACUAUCUAUUGCGUAAGCGGUGAAUACAGCAUUUUGCCGACCGUUAAUAAAAGAUCAUCGAUGAAAUCAAGAAUUCUUGUCUGAUAGCUUGCUCAACAGAGUACCGGUUUAUUUAUUUAUUAAUAUCAAAGGUGACGAAUUACUCCUAAUUUUGGCACGAAAUUUCAGCGUUAAUGUGAAAUUACAAAAUUGCCAUGGCAACUUCCGGUACGUCUCAGUGUCAAGAUGGCGACGAAGUUUUAAAAUGCCGUGAAUGAAGAUGUCGAGGCACAAAAAGAAAAAAGAGAAAACCUAAACACACGAAAGAGCACGUCAAGAAGGAUUCUAACAAGUAUUUUGUCGAACACUUUUGAAAAAAAUUCUGAACUUAAGCCAAAUUGUAAGAUCUAAACAUUUGAGAGAAUAGAGUUCUCGAUAGAUACGAUCCAGGAUAAACAUGUCAAAAAUUCACGAUUCCUAACGUAAUUUGCCACCCAUGAUAUUAAUAGGUAAAGAAGAGGGAAAUUGUUAGGAUUUGGACAAAACGCAAGUGAAAUUAAUUCCUAAUUUCAUGAGUAUACCAUUUGAUUACACAUACUUAUUUAAUAAUCGUCCAAUCUUAUGUAGGCAUUUCAAAUUAAUCUGAAAUACCACUGCUCUAGCCCCAAAAAAGACCUUUGAGAAGCCAUCCCAAUCGCACUCGGAAAAUUGUCUCCUUUAUAGUAUGAUCUGCUUUAGCCUUGAGAGAAUCUUAUCAAAUACACAGUUUUGAAGGAUACAGGUGAAUAGGUACGAGGUAAAUUCUGCUUCUGAUCCAGUUUACGAUCCAUAGUCGCUCCGCGUUAUAUUGUGAAUAUGUAUUUACAUUUGGGCUUCAAACUAGGUAAAAGUGAAACUAUGGAGAGUUGGAAGAAAUGUUUUCUACAUCUUCUUUCCAUAAGAACAGUUUCGUCGAUAUCUUUCGGUCAAACAAGUCGAAACGGAUAUAUUUCGAAUUGUGGAUGUGACUUUUGAUAAGUUGGCAAAUGCGGAUUAAAACUGUAGAAAUACUUCGUGCUUUAAACUCUUUGUAUCGUAGACAUCCAAAAGCAUUUUUUUGAUUGUUCCGCAGUUCAAAAUAAAUAUGAGUCAUUUCAUAUAUUUCCAUUCAUGUCAUUUCCACCAACGGGCAUGUUACGAUUUCCCAAUGGCCUGCUCUCCAGAUGGCUUGAUUGGAUAGAGUGUUGUGUCCUGUCAUCUCAAACGUCAGGGUUCGAUUCGCAGUCAAGCCUGAAAUUUUUCAGGUUCUAUUUCAACCGCUUAGGUUAUUUAUUCAACUGUGAGAAUCAUUUCCACUUUCAUAUCUUUAUCCGCACAUCAAACUGAGUCUUCUUAUAUUUCCAUUAGUGUUUGAAUUUUGACACAUUUUGUGACACAAGUUCUUUAAUACCCAAAAACUGUGUUUUCUUUCACGUUAUAGUAACGUUGUUUUGUGGACAGAAUUUGAACGGAAUCGAAAUUUUGAUCCCGAUCAAGUAGCCGAUCCUUAAGCGGACGGCCCUUUUAUAACAUGGCCAUAUCAAGUACUGUACGAUAACAUUUUUUAAUUCACUAUUAUAAAUAGAUAAAUAAAUAUUUUACUUUUCUUUCCAAUACCAGUAAGAUUUCGAUUUUUUCCUCUUAAUUAUGGUAACCCAUUUCAUAUUUUAUUUUACUUUUUUGGUUUUAAUAAUGAUAGUAAUGAGGAAGGACAUCAUUUGCCUAUAUUGUUUUGCUUUUAUUAAUUUUUUUUUUUCGUUUACUUUAAAUCUUGAGACGAUUGUUCCUGACUGAUUUUCGGAUGUUUUCUCACAUUUGUUUUUCAUUUUUUUCGUUCACAAAAGCGUUUCCUUCGAGGGCCAAAAGGUCAUCGAGGACCACCUGGACACAAAGGACCACCAGGCCACCGUGGUCCCCCAGGUCCGUUUGGUAGCCCUGGAAUCCCUGGCACUCCCGGUGAUUCCCAACCACAGAUAUAUAAGCAAUGCGCUUAUAAAACAUCAAGAACAACAGCAUUCGAUGGUCCCAUCCAUGUAAGAAUAAACUUUAAGAUUUUAACACCGUAGUAUCAAGAUCUAUGGGAAUAACAGCCAUUAAAGAAUGAUAAAUAGCUUUACUUAUUUAAUAAUAGAACAAAAAUGUGAAUGCCACUGAAGUCGAUGAAUCUUGGUAAAUGGCUUGAAGGUAUUUUCAAAAUGUUAACAUUUCUAAGUAAGUAAGUACGUAACUCUGUGCGGGAAACUUAAUAACAUAAAUGAGCUGCGGAUUAGGUGUUAUGGAUAAACAAGAACUUUUGGUAAAGCUCUUAGCAGCUGUAUGAGUUGGAUUGCAGACAGCCUUGCCUUUGAUGAAGGACCUUUUUUAGCACUCUCCAUUUGACUUGAAGGACCUUUAUUAAAAUAAAUGAUGUCGCUGGGGGCAAAUAGCGCAGUUGGACCCUAAAAAGAAAAGGAAAUACCUUUCUCAGAAUGCAAUCUGUGUGGUUUUCAUGUCCCAUCCUUUCCAACAAAGUGUUUUUCUGUCAUGAAUCUGUUUUGUAACAAUGGUGUAUGGUGCUUUGAAUCCGGCCGUCCUAAAGAUUGGGGUUUGAUUCCCUCAGGAAGUGAUUUUUUUUAGCGUGUUUUUGUUAACUCCUUUGAAUUUUUCUUUAAAAGUUUAUUUGUUAAUCCCUACUCAGUUUUAACGAUUAUGUUUCAGCCAUAGUAAAAGAGUCUAAUAAGGUGUUGUUAAUAAACCAACAAACGGAUCCUACAUUUUGAAAGCCCGGUAAUUUCUAUUUGGCUUACUCUCCACCGGCUUUUAUAAAGUGUGGUAAAAUAAAGAACUGAAGACUAUUGGUCCCUCAAUGUUGAAUUUGAAAGCAUUUAUUGCGUUUGUGAGGAUGAUGUUUAAUGACUAAUUUAAUGAGAAAAUGCAUAGGAAAGUAGACUGUCCGCCCGAGGAGAGAGGGUACCCAAAACAUGUUUGAAAUGGGAGACUCCGCUCCGAAAUGAGGUCCAACCCCUUACCCUUUUACAUACCAUUUUUCACAGAAAAGGUACCCCUUUCGUAUACCUUCCAUUGAGAAAUGGUGCCCCUUUCACGUACUAGUUUAAAAGAUUGCAUCCCUUUUAACCCUCACACGCAGUUUGAAACCAAGUUUAGUGAUGAUCAUUUACUAUAUGGUUACGAGAUAUGACGUCAUAAGUAUCCGGUGGUUAAACCAUUUUUGAGUAAAAAUGCAUUUUUUCUCAAGUUCUUUCAACAAUAAAAGUAAAUAUUGUGAUAAAAUGAUGCAAAGUGCGUCUUUAUGUGUUAUGUCAAGCACAAAAAAAUUAGCAUUUACUGCCGUUUUAACGUGAUUACUAAUAGGCCAUUUCCGAGUUCCCCCGGGCCUCUGUUUCAAAACGAGGGUAGGUGCUCAGCCUUUGAUAUGGAAAUCAUUUUUCAUUCUAAUACAAAUAAAACUCAUUUUCACAAGAAAGGUUGUGCACCUAGCCUCAUUUUGAAAGUGAGGGUUUUUGGAACUCGGAACUGGCCUAUUCUUGGUAAAAUCCAAGAUGGCGACCAUUGUUGGUGACAUCACAGGCCUCCAGUAGUGCCACCAGCCAUAAAAUAUACCUCAUCGUGUUAAUAGGAUCAAAGGCUUUCCAUUGAAGGCAAAAUCAUUUCGAAAUACUUCACCAUAUCAAAAACUCUGGGAAGGGCUUCAAUCAGUUCCCCCGCACCCCUUAUACCACGGUGAGGGUAUGAAUUUGCAUGUACGUCCAAGGGUUAACUGCUGUAAUUGAACCUUCGUUUAAAAAUGAAUAAAAACACUAAACCAUAAAGUUUUCCUGUUUUUUUUUAACAGCCAUAAAAUGCCCUAGUUAAUUUUUUACGUCCUUUCACAGAUCGCAAUGACUGAUUUCCUUUCGUGUAUAUCAUUUUAACUAGUGAAUUCCCUACCCUUUCAUGUACCUUACCUUGGCCUAAAAAAAGUACCACGGAACCUCCACGAAUAGGCCAUUAUGGACUGUCCGCCGCAUGCAUUUUUCUAAUACGUGUGAUUAAUUUCUUGUGGUAUUUUUUAAACAGGAAUGCAACUUUGUCAAAGCUGAAAAAGACACCUUCCUACGCGCUGCGUACAUUGGGAACAUCGGUUUCACGGCAGGCUGUUUGCCUUGUUGCAAGAGAUGGUUCUUCACCUUCAACGGAAAAGAGUGCCAGACCCCAUCUGCAAUUGAGGGUGUUUUAUCCCAUGAAAAAGGGUUGAAACAGUUUAACGAACUCCGACCGGUCAAGAUAGAGGGCUAUUGUGGUGGUAUUCCUGAGGGUAAAGUACAAGUUCAGUUUAACGUCGGCGGUUGUCCCGGGUGUAAUCCGCCAUGUAACACUGAUCACGGUGGGAUUCAGGCCACAAAGAUUAUCAUAGAGGAAGUAGAGCCACCAGUUGCUUAA